CCAACCAUCAAGAUCGGGCUUGGGAAGGCAUCUAGUAAACAGGUUUAUGUUUUAAGAGGCUAGAUAAAAAAUAAAAGAUGCAAAAGGCCAUCAUCUGGGGGUUAGCCCUCCUGGCCUUGUUGCUAUCUAGUACUACAGCCGAUGAAGAUCUCAACCCUGCUUACUCAGACCAGGUGGACGACUCUGAGGGUGUUGACCAAGUGUACGGCUCGGCCCAUGACGGUGGUAAGCGCGGUGAUGAUAGUUCAAACGAAGAUUAUUCAUCAAGGAAAAACAGACCGUAUAAAGUGUACAAGGCAACACAAGGCGGCCGUGGAGCUCGUGUAACCAAGGCCAACCAAGAUCGUUAUUCCGACGAGGGAUAUGAAAGUGAAGAUCAUUACGAAGAUGAAAAUGGAUCUUAUCAAACCGCCGUAAGAACUGGCCCGGGAUACGCCGCAUCUGUGUCUAGGUCUUCAGCGCAUGCCAGCGCCGUCGCUCAAGCCAAUAGUGCAGGAGGUGGAAGCAGCUAUCCGUAUUCUCCUUUCUCUCCAGUAGGCGGGUCUUCAAGUGCCCAAGCCCAAGCCAACGCUAACGCCAACGCUGCAGGUGGAGGCGGCGGCGGAUAUUAUCCUGGCGGUUACCCUGGCGGCGCUGCGAAUGCUCAAGCCCAGGCCAACGCUAAUGCAAACGCUGCAGGUGGAGGCGGCGGAUAUUACCCUGGCGGUUACCCUGGCGGCGCUGCGAAUGCUCAAGCCCAGGCCAAUGCUAAUGCAAACGCUGCAGGUGGAGGCGGCGGAUAUUACCCUGGCGGUUACCCUGGCGGCGCUGCGAAUGCUCAAGCCCAGGCCAACGCUAACGCCAACGCUGCAGGUGGAGGCGGCGGAUACUACCCUGGCGGUUACCCUGGCGGCUCUGCGAAUGCCGUAGCCAACGCUAACGCCAACGCUAAUGCCGGAGCAGGAGGAUAUUCACCAGUUUACCCUGGAGGCUAUGGCCCAGGAGGCAGUGCUUCAGCUGAAGCCAAUGCUCAAGCGAACGCUCAAGCUGGCGGAGGAGGAUACGGGCCGUACGUAGUCCCAGGAGGAGGUUCUGCUGGCGCUAGCGCAGCCGCUCAGGCACAAGCACAAGCCCAAGCCGCUGCUCAAGCUCAAGCGCAAGCGCAAGCUCAAGCACAAGCUCAAGCCCAAGCCCAAGCUCAAGCCCAAGCCCAAGCCCAAGCCCAAGCUCAAGCCCAAGCUCAAGCCCAAGCCCAAGCUGCCGCUCAAGCACAAGCUCAAGCACAAGCUCAAGCCCAAGCUGCUGCUCAAGCUCAAGCUCAAGCCCAGGCUGCCGCUCAAGCUCAAGCCCAAGCUGCUGCUCAAGCUCAGGCGCAAGCUCAAGCCCUAGCUGCAGCUCAAGCUCAAGCUCAGGCACAAGCUCAGGCACAAGCCAUUGCCCAAGCUCAGGCCGCCGCUCAAGCACAGGCGCAGGCUGCUGCCCAGGCUCAAGCUAUUGCUCAAGCUCAAGCUCAGGCCCAAGCAGCAGCCGCUGCUAAAGCCCAAGCCAUUGCUCAAGCUCAGGCCGCUGCACGAGCUCAAGCCGCUGCUUAUGCUCAAGCACAAGCUCAAGCUCAAGCUGCUGCUCAAGCUCAAGCCCAAGCACAGGCUGUUGCUCAAGCACAAGCUGCCGCCCAGGCCGCUGCUCAGGCUCAAGCUCAAGCCCAAGCUCAGGCUCAAGCUGCUGCUCAAGCUCAAGCCCAAGCACAGGCCGUGGCUCAAGCUCAAGCUGCUGCCCACGCCGCUGCUCAAGCUCAAGCUCAAGCCCAAGCUCAAGCUCAAGCUGCUGCUCAAGCUCAAGCCCAGGCACAGGCUAUCGCUCAGGCACAAGCGGCUGCCCACGCCGCUGCACAAGCUCAAGCUCAAGCUCAAGCCCAAGCUCAAGCUCAAGCCGCUGCCCAAGCUCAAGCUCAAGCCCAAGCCCAGGCAGCUGCUCAAGCACAAGCUGCCGCUCAAGCUCAAGCUCAAGCUCAAGCGCUUGCCAGUGGAGGAGGUUAUGCGCCAUAUCCACAUGUUGUUCCUGUCGUUCCUGGUUACGGAGGUGGUUCUGCUUCAGCCAACGCUGCAGCGAACGCUAUCGCUCAAGGCGGCGCAGGCGGGUACGGGCCAGUGCCGGGUUACGGAGGCGCAUCUGCUAACGCCGCGGCGAAUGCUCAGGCCAUCGCUCAAGGAGGCGCCGGGGGCUAUUCACCCUACCCAUAUGUAGUCCCUGGCGGCUACGGAGGUGGUUCAGCUCAAGCCCAGGCAGAAGCAAGCGCUCAGGCUAACGCUCUCGGAGGAGGAGGCUACGGACCUUACGGCGUUCCUGGUGGAAGCAGUUCAGCUCAAGCAAACGCCCAAGCUUUGGCUCAAGGUGGCGCAGGAGGGGGGUUUCCAUACCCUUUUUACCCCGGACUAGGAGGAGGCUCUGCUCAGGCUAACGCCAACGCCCUCGCCAACGCCGGCGGGUACGGCCCUAGCUCCGCUAACGCUAACGCCAACGCUUUAGCCAACGUAGGCGCAAAUGUUUUUUCGAGAGUAGUCCCAUACAAUGAAUACAUACAACCACACCUAAUACCAGGAGGUCAAGACAUUGUGUACUGUACGAGGCCCGGCGAGCUGCACUAUGUGUGGGCAGUGGGCUACGAUUGUAUGGUCUGCGUGUGUAUGAAUGACUUGAGCGCGGUGUGCGCGAGCUGCGGCGGCUGCCAGAGACCUCCGCCGCCGCCUCCGCCGCCACCGCCGCCUCGGCCUACACCGCCGCCCCCAAGGCCAAUUCCACCGCCACCCCCGCCGCCGCCGCCACCUAUACCAAUACCGCCACUCCCGCCAAUACCGCCAUUCCCACCUAUACCUCCACCACCACCGCCGCCGCCGCCGCCACCACCACCUCCACCGCCACCUCCUCCACCACCGCCACCGCCACCGCCGCCACCUCCACCGCCUCCGCCGCCACCUCCACCUCCACCGCCUCCGCCACCACCUCCACCGCCGCCGCCGCCACCACCACCCCCAAUUCCCACAGUGACCUGCGCUCCACUGCCAUCCAACACACCCUUCCAGAACCCCCUGAACCCGUGCCAAAUCUGCGUCUGCCGGGAGACCUUCGACUUCUUCCAAGGAAGACCCGACGUCCAGAUCACGUGCCAGGACAACCCUGAAUGCGCACCGGCCCCAGAACCGAUACCCUUGCCCUUGUGCGAGCAGUUCCCUCUGGAAGUUCUGUUCCCUCACCCCAAUGACGUGUGCCAGUUGUGCAAAUGCAUCGCUCCCCUGGUCUUCGCCAUCGAACAAGUCAAACAGUUGAUCUGCUUCCCGAAUCCAUCAUGUGAACCGACCCCUGUACCCGUACCUGUACCGAUACCAGUGCCAGUGCCAGAGCCGUUACCGUGGCCCCCUGUACCCGAUGUGAACCCAAGCCCCUUGCCAGGACCUCCACCGCAUGAAUCUUGCCGCCCGUUCCCACCUAACCAGCCGUUCCAGCAUCCAUGGGACGAGUGCCAGGUCUGCAUGUGCAGCGAGACCUACACGCUAAACAAGAUCAUCAUUGAGGUCAACUGCUACACGAAGAAGUCUUGCUGUAAUGAUGGUGGACUCCCUCCUCGACCAUUGCCACUGCCCUACUACCCCGGUGGAUCUGCCAGUGCUGACGCCCACGCGCACGCAUCAGCUAAUGCAAAUGGCGGAUACAGCCCAUAUCCAGGCUACCCAGGUGGCGGUAGUGCUUCGGCUAUAGCCGAUGCCAGCGCGAAUGCUAUUGCAAAUGGAGGAUAUAGCCCAUACCAACCGGGAUACCUUGGAGGAGGUGGUGCUUCAGCUAUUGCAGACGCCAGCGCCAAUGCCAUUGCCAAUGGAGGAUACAGCCCAUAUCCAGGCUACCCAGGAGGCGGUAGCUCUUCAGCCAGCGCAGAUGCAAGUGCAAAUGCUAUUGCCAAUGGAGGAUACAGCCCACAUCCAGGCUACCCAGGGGGCGGUAGUGCUUCGGCUAUUGCAGAUGCCAGCGCCAAUGCCAAUGCAGGUGGUGGUAACAUAGGAUACUACCCAUUGCCUGGUUAUCCAGGAGGCGGUGGCUCAUCAGCAAGUGCUGAUGCUAGCGCAAAUGCUAUUGCAAAUGGAGGAUAUAGCCCAUACCAACCGGGAUACCUUGGAGGAGGUGGUGCUUCAGCUAUUGCAGACGCUAGCGCCAAUGCUAUUGCCAAUGGAGGAUACAGCCCAUAUCCAGGCUACCCAGGAGGCGAAAGUGCUUCGGCGAUUGCAGAUUCCAGCGCCAAUGCCAACAGUGGUAACAUAGGAUACUACCCAUUGCCUGGUUAUCCAGGAGGCGGUGGCUCAUCAGCAAGUGCUGAUGCUAGCGCAAAUGCUAUUGCAAAUGGAGGAUAUAGCCCAUACCAACCGGGAUACCUUGGAGGAGGUGGUGCAUCAGCUAUUGCAGAUGCCAGUGCCAAUGCCAAUGCAGGUGGUGGUAACAUAGGCUACUACCCACUUCCUGGUUACCCAGGAGGCGGUAGCUCUUCAGCCAGCGCAGAUGCAAGUGCAAAUGCUAUUGCCAAUGGAGGAUACAGCCCAUAUCCAGGCUACCCAGGAGGCGGCAGUGCUUCGGCGAUUGCAGAUGCCAGCGCCAAUGCUAACAGUGGUAACAUAGGAUACUAUCCAUUGCCUGGUUAUCCAGGAGGCGGUGGCUCAUCAGCAAGUGCUGAUGCUAGCGCAAAUGCUAUUGCAAAUGGAGGAUAUAGCCCAUACCAACCGGGUUACUUGGGGGGUGGUAGUGCUUCGGCUAUUGCAGAUGCCAGUGCCAAUGCCAAUGCAGGUGGUGGCAACAUAGGCUACUACCCACUGCCUGGUUAUCCAGGAGGCGGUAGCUCUUCAGCAAGCGCAGACGCUAGUGCAAAUGCGAUAGCUAAUGGAGGGUACAGCCCAUACCAACCGGCUUACCCGGGAUAUUACCCAGACGUUGUCCCCGGAGGUGGCAGUGCGUCAGCCAUUGCCGAUGCCAGCGCAAACGCUAAUGCCAAUGGAGGAUACAGUCCAUAUCAACCAGCUUACCCCAGUUAUUAUCCCGAUGUAGUCCCAGGCGGCGGCAGUGCUUCAGCGAUAGCGGAUGCCAGCGCAAAUGCUAAUGCCAAUGGCGGCAAUAUCGGAUACUACCCAUUACCUGGUUACCCAGGAAGUAACAGCGCCUCAGCUAAUGCGGAAGCUAGCGCUAACGCUGCAGUUGACGGAGGAUACCCAUACCAACCGGGUUACACUACAUACCAACCGGGCUACACCACAUACCAACCGGGCUACACCACAUACAACCCAGACGUAGUCCCAAGCUACCCAGGUUCAAUCGGCUCAGCAUCUGCUUCAGCUGAAGCUAAUGCUUUGGCCAAUGCGGGAUCAGGGUAUAGUCCUUACCAACCAGGUUAUGGACCAAGUUAUGGAGGUGGUUCCGCAUCAGCUGAUGCCAGUGCUCUUGCUAACGCGUAUGGCGGGGGAUCAGCAUCAGCAGACGCUUUAGCGAAUGCAAACGCUGGAUCAACAGCGUUAACUCCUUACCAACCAGCCUAUGGCCCAAGUUAUGGGGGUCUAGGAGGUAGCUCAGCGUCAGCCGAUGCUUCAGCAAACGCAAACUCGGGAGGAUACAGCCCAUAUGUUGUCGGGAGUUUACCAGGAUCAGGAUCAAGCGUGGCGGAGGCUGAAGCUAAUGCGGUAGCAAAUGCUGGAGGUGGAGGCCUAUUCGGAAGCCCUUACCCAGCGAGACCAAAUCCAGCUCAAGGACUCUACGGAGGAUCUUCAGCUAGCGCUCACGCAUCAGCAAUCGCGAAAUCUGCUGACGAUGCCGAGGGCGAAGAAGUAGAAGAACAGAAGGUGGAAGAAAAAAGAGUAGAACAGAAGAAAGUAGAAGAUAAAGUGGAAGUAGAAGAUCAACCGGAAGAAUCAGAGGCAGAGAAGAAGAAAUGAAUUAAAUGUUAGAUUUUAAGAUAUACGACGACUUAUACAAAACGACUAGGAUUGAAAACGGACCUUUCGAGAUUUAUUUAUAUACAGUAACAGUGUGAUAAGCAAAAGAUGCUUAAAAAUAUUAUAAAUAAAGUUAUAAGC